GUCACCUUGAAAGACAUCCCCACGUAGAUUUUGAGCAUUAAGGCGCCCAUCUACUUUUAUUCCAAGUAUUGCCUUGGAACCAUCUCAGCUCUAUUUCUAUCUCACAUCCCACUUUCCUUCGGGUAGUUCACUGCAACUUCUGGCCAGCACAAGUGCGCGAUAGAACAUCUUCCAAGGCAAUUUCUUUACUCAACUACCACUACGAAUAUCAACAUGGCCAAAACCUCCCAGACAGUCAAACCAACAAUCUACUUUGGCUACGGCUCAAACCUCUGGCUCCACCAAAUGCGCACUCGAUGUCCCACAUCCCAAUACCUAGGCGUCGCGCGAUUAAGAAACUACCAAUGGAUCAUCAACGACCGGGGCUACGCCAACGUCGUGGAAGUGCCACAAGACGGCAAGCAACAAGACCAGCAUGACAGCAGCAACGACGGGAAGUACGACGACGUAGUCUUCGGCCUAGUAUACUCCCUAAAAGAAGAAGAUGAACGCCGCCUCGACAAGAACGAAGGCGUACCAAUCGCCUACACUAAAGAACUACUCCCAUGCGACCUUUGGUCUGCGUCAACGAAUGGCAAAGUCGAUACAGAAAGGCCUCCUACAUACACGCGCGACAUGCUGGUUUACAUCGACCGCGAGCGCACGGUACCCGAUUCGCCGCGGAAAGAAUACAUCUACCGUAUGAACCGGGGCAUUGCGGAUGCGGUGGAUAUGGGCGUGCCGGAGCAAUACGUCCUUGACGUGAUGCGCAAGUUCAUUCCCGCAGAGAAAGAGGGUGAGACGAGGAAGAGUAUGGAGGAAUUUGCUGCAAAGCAGGCUGCCCAGUUCAGGGAUGAGAGCGGUGUGUUUCAGUGAUUUUGGGCCAGUCUGGUGAGAAGAG